AGAUCGCCCAAUCAUUCGACUCAGACUUAUCAUCACUACAAGUGGAUGAACGACAGCAUUUCAGGCGAACUAAAGCUCUGAGCCUGGCUCAUGUCGUUGGGAUAAUUGUUCAGCUCUGCGAUCAAUCAACGAGCUACGCGUGCCAUACGUGCUUGGAGAUGCUGCCUUGAGAACGUCACGCAUGAGACAGAGUUGAAGGUGGGCAAGAGCGACCAAACCCCCGCUUAGUCAUCACCGUCGUUCGCAUCUCGAACUUUUGGUUCACGACAACGUCCAACAACACCACCACCGCAGCCAUGCCAGUCCAAUUCCUCCGACGCCUCAUACGGCCUUCCCUCCUCACACAAUCACCCUUCACAGCUGUUCUACCACUGCGACCCUCAAUCGCCGCCCCAAUCUUCCAAAAUGCCACCUCCGCAUUCCCCACACGCGCACUACCCGGCUCGCGAGCGAACAAAUGCACAUUAAUUCAAGUCCUACGCCAGGGCAGAAUAUCACAAAAAGCGCGAAAACUGCGGUCGCCCCAAUUGAAGAACAGACCAGAGCUGAAGGGCGUAUGUCUGAAGGUUGGAACUACGAAGCCUAAGAAACCCAAUUCUGGAGAGAGGAAGAUUGCGAGGGUCAGGUUGAGCACGGGCAAAGUUAUCACGGCGUAUAUUCCAGGUGAAGGUCACAAUGUGCAGCAGCACUCCGUCGUCAUGGUGCGUGGUGGACGAGCGCAGGAUUGUCCUGGUGUGAAAUACCAUUUGGUCAGAGGAGCAUUGGAUUUGGGUGGUGUUGGUAACCGAAUCACGUCGAGAUCGAAAUACGGGACAAAGAAGCCCAAGGCGGCCGCGUGAUCGACUUUUGAACGAGCGUGUAUAUACGUGUAUCAUAUCAUUGGCAUCAGUGGCGUUCGAAUCGAUAGCGGAUGUCAAGACACCAGGUCGGAUUGACUGUCAGUUCACCCUCUGCGAGUAUCCUCUCACGACACGUAAUUUUGGGAGAAUCGCUAUGUGCUGUUACUGUGACAUCUUGAAGCAGGCGUUUUCAGCUCGUCAGGCGUUCGGAGAAAUACUACAUCAAAGAACAGCAAACUACCAAUAUCUUGAUCAAUCCCUGUCGCGUAGGGUAGAUAGAGCUUACUAGCCGAGCAGCAAGAUAUCGGUAUUUUGCUAUUUGAUAAUCCCAAAACAGCAAC